AUGGUUACCAAGGUUUACGUUGUUUACUAUUCUACGUAUGGACAUGUUGAGAAGCUUGCUAAAGAGAUAGAAAAAGGGGCUGCUUCCGUGGAGGGAGUAGAAGCAAAACUGUGGCAGGUGCCUGAAACACUGUCGGAAGAAGUUCUUGGGAAGAUAGGAGCACCACCAAAAGGUGACGCUCCUACAAUUAAACCUCGUGAGCUGGCUGAGGCAGAUGGUUUGUUGUUUGGUUUUCCCACAACAUUUGGAGCUAUGGCCGCUCAAUUUAAAACAUUUUUGGAUGCCACUGUAAGCCUAUGGCGCAAGCAGGCACUAUCAGGAAAGCCUGCUGGCUUCUUCUACAGCACUAGUUCUCAAGGAGGUGGACAAGAAACUACUCCGUUGACAUCUAUUACUCAGCUUGUUCACCAUGGAAUGAUUUUUGUGCCCAUUGGAUACUCAUUUGGCGAAGGGAUGUUUGAGAUGGAGAAGCUGAAAGGAGGUUCCCCAUACGGUGCAGGAACUUAUGCUGGAGAUGAUGGCUCAAGGCAGCCAAGUGAGUUAGAAUUGGCUCAAGCUUUUCAUCAAGGAAAAUACUUUGCAGCCAUUGCAAAGAAGCUUAAAGGAUCUCUUUGA